UAGACAAAAGGGUAACCUUGGAACUUCAAUCUUAUCAGCGGAACGCUUUAUAUCCAUCAUCGACGCCUCUAGGGUUUUUUUUCCCUCUCGCAUCUGCUUCCGCCGCCGCCGCCGCCGCCGAUCGUCGCCCCCAAAUGGGCAAGGGAACAGGGAGCUUCGGUAAGCGCCGGAACAAGACCCACACGCUCUGCGUCCGAUGCGGACGCCGGAGCUUCCACCUCCAGAAGAGCCGGUGCGGAUCCUGCGGUUUCCCCGCGGCCCGAAUCCGCAAAUAUAACUGGAGCGUGAAGGCCAUUAGGAGAAAGACAACAGGCACUGGCAGGAUGAGGUAUCUUCGUCAUGUACCUCGAAGGUUCAAGAGCAACUUCAGAGAAGGAUCUGAAGCAGCUCCGAAGAAGAGGGCUGCAACUGCUGCAGCUUAAGUUUGAGCCGUGUUUGGGUUGGGUCAGGGAGUGAGAAGCAGUGUUAGUUUUCAUUUUAUUUACUUUGUGGUGUUUGAUCUUGGUUAAACUCAAGUCUCUCUGCACAAUUUUGUCUUUCUAUAUUCAAGAUCUAGUUUCAUGGUAUUGUUUUCGUCUGAUGAAUGGUUUUGAGAGUAUUGAUUUUAAACUCAUGUUUGUUAUGUGGGACAAAUGUAGCAAGCUUUUAGAUGCUGUAGGUCAUUUUCUCAAACUUAACUAUGAUGUUAGUUUCAGUUUUA